AUGUCUCUUCGUGUGGCUCUGAUUUGCUUGGCCAUCUUGGCAAUGGCUUAUGCACAGCCUGCUCCAGGAGCUCCAGAAGUCAUCGAGGAUUCGGUGUCAGUGGAGCAGGCUUCAGAGGAACCAAUAGAUAGUGCCUAUCAGAGGACCCUCGUCCUGCUUCUGCCCUUGCUGUUCCCCAAUACAUUCUAUGUACCCUCAGGUUCAGGUUAA